CCAAACAAGGAAAAGGAAAAGGAAAACGUUGCUCUUCUCUUCUCUUCUCUUCUACGUUUUGCGUUCAACAUGAAAACAUAGCCUUUGGUUUUAGUUUCCACAAAACAAAAGGAAGCAAAAGACGAGGACGAGGAGGACCUUUUACAAACCGAGACCGUAGCCACAACAAAACCAAGCUUCAUAUUCAUACUCCGAAAACACAACAUUCUAGAAUUUAGGAAAGCUAAUCCUUCGAAGCUUAGCCAUAGCUAGGGUUUCUGUUUCACUGAGCCAGAGUUUGUUUGUGAACAUUUUUCCAGAAAUCCUAUUCAAAUUCUUAAUGGUAGAGAAAGUUCUGGCAUGCCAAAAGGAUGACCUUGAUGCUCUGAGAAAGAUUAUGUGAAGCAAUAUGACUCUUGAAGAUUUUUUUACCUUGGCUGAGAUGAAAGAUGGGCUCACAGCCCCUUCUCGGGUGCAGGAGCUAGUGUCUGUAAUGCAGAAGGAGAAAGAUUGUGUGGUUAAAAAUGCUAGUGAUGCAACAAGGCAAUGGGCUGCUGUUGCAGGCACUAUUGCUGCUACAGAGAAUAAAGAUUGUCUUGAUCUUUUUAUUCAAUUAGAUGGACUUUGGUUCAUUAAUAGAUGGUUAAAUGACGCUCAAAAUUUCGGGGUUGACCCAAACGACAGCUUUAUUGAAGAAUCAAUCACUGCAAUGUUACGGGCAGUUGAAAAGCUGCAUCUAGACAGUGAGAAGUCAAUUUCAUCAGGAAUUCACAUCACCGUAAAUAAUCUUCUUGACCAUCAUAGCUCCAGGGUUCAGGAUAGAGCAAGAGUACUAUUUGAUAGCUGGAAAGGAGGUGGAAACAGUGAUGCUGAACCUCAUGAUGCGGAGCUUGCUAAAGUCAACAAUGCAAGUGACAAGAUUGUCAGGGAGGAAGGCCAGCCAUCUGAUUUGAAUGGAACUGGCUAUAUUGAUGAUCAUGCAUCAGGACUUGUUGGAAGGGGGGAAUCUCUUUCGAGAAACUCAGAUAAUUUACUGCCAGAGAGGUCUGCCGGCGUACUGAUACAGAGUUCUGACAAUGUGCUUCGGUCUUCCAUAAGUGUGGAAUGUGAAGAUAUCAACCAGAGAUCACCAAACCAUCUUGCUAGUGUAUCAUCUUCUGCUCAAGAAGUUGCUUCUGAACAUGAAGGAUUACCUACAGGUGAGACCACUUUGUUUGGAACCUGUAACUUUCCUGUUCCAAAUCAAGGAAGUUUCGAAGGACAACCAGAUGCGAUGCAGUUAAGUGACACAGCCAAAAAGGAAAAGCAGGAGCAAAAUGUUAAUGGCCCUCCAGAAAAAUUAGGACCACCAGAGAUCUGUUCAGUGUCCACUAAGCUAGAACCUGAGCCUGUUUCCAUGGGUGCUAGUGAAGCAAAAGUACCGGAAUCCAUGAAAGAACCAGCUUUAGAGUGCAAUCUUGAAAACAAUGAGGAUGGUGUUGGUCAUAAAAUAAUUGCUUCUGGUAGUAUGAGGACACCUGCGUCUGAUAGGAGCGGGUUGGAUGAUAUCAGAACUGUUAACAAUGAUGACUGUUCUAAUGCUAUGCAGGAUUCAUCAGUCAGUGGCAGCAACUUGGGAAAGACUGAGGUGUUGGGGAUGUCUGCGUCUGGAAUAGAAUAUGUCAGAGCAGUAAAGGAAGACAAGGGACAUGUUUAUAAUGAUGGCAACGAUACAUCAAAUGGUUCUGAUUCUAGUAAACCUGGAAACUAUUCUAGAAGUCCUAACAUAAUUGACAAGAAAGUUUCUGACAAUGAACUUGAUGAUGGCAUUGUGGAUGCUUUAGAACUUGCUCGACAAGUUGCUCAGGAAGUUAAGAGAGAUGUCUGUAGUUCUUCUUCAGAGAAAAUCUCAGAAGGUGGAAUCAGGCGACCAGGCAGCCCCGAUUCUGUAAGAAAAGAGGAUGAGCUCACUCGUGUCCCACCCAAGGAGGUCUUCUCCAUACGAAGCCACUCUUCUCAGGAGGGACAAGCAAGUAUUUCAAACAAUAUUGAGCCUGAGCUGGAAUGCAGAUCUGACCCAGAGUCCUUGCAAGUGACUGACGCAGCUCAAGAUUCAGGAAGUAAUUCAGAGAAACAACUCUGUGCCUUUGAUCUCAAUGAAGUUGGUUCUGAUGAUAUGGAUAUUUCUGUAAACACAAUGUCUACUCCAAUACCUGUUGUCUCUGCUUCAAGGCCUACACCAACUCCUGGGUUGCCUGGGGCCCCUUUGCAGUUUGAGGGGACACUUGGGUGGAAAGGAUCGGCCGCCACCAGUGCCUUUCGACGUGCAUCUCCUCGUAAAAAUUGUGAUAGUGAAAAGAUUCUUUCUGUUGAUGGGAACUCCGAUACUUCCAAGCAGAAGCAGGAUUGGCUUGAUAUAGAUCUAAAUGUGGCUGAGGGUGAAGAAGGAUUGGUAAAACCAAUUGCUGAAUUUUCAGGCCUUCCUUCUGGGCAAUCAUCUGUAGAUCUCAGUCCUAAAAGAUCAAACAGGCUUGAAUUGGAUUUGAACAGCAUUGGUGAUGAUGGUGAUGCCCAACCUUCAGAUCACAGGAUGGAGGGGCAACUCUUUCUUGGAAGAAAUGGCUAUUGGAGCCCAUCACCUGCAUCGUCAUCAUCAUCAAUGCAGCCUUCGGUUAGAAACAUUGAUUUGAAUAACAGGCCAUGCUUUCAAACUGAUGUAGUUGACCAGGGGCCCGGUAAGUCUUCUCAUACUAUCAAUGCAUCUGGGCGUUCUAAAUCAUCUGAUGCUCCUGUUAUCUCUAUUUUGGGUGCCAAGGUAGAAGUUGGUAAAAGAGAAUAUGUUACUCAAACUUUUUCCUUGCCAAAUGGCAAGGCUAUUGAACCUGCAAUAGAUCUUACAAUGUCAAGACCAGGUGGCUUUUUAGGGAUAGCCCCCACAGUAUCCUACAAUCAUCCAGCUGUUUUUGGGUAUAAUGGAUUGGCAUCGGCAUCAGCAUCAGCACCCCCUUUUCCAUCAGCCAUGUACGGGUCAGGUGGCACAAUUCCAUACAUGGUGGACACAAGAGGGGCUCCAGUUGUCCCUCAAGUAGGUGGAUAUUCAUCAACUGUCCUUUCAUCUUAUUCUCAGCCACCCAUCAUAAUGAGCAUGACUGGUACACAACCCGGUUUAAAUGGGUUUGGACCACCUUCACGUCCUAACUUAGACCUAAACUCUGGCUUCAUGGUUGAGGGUGGGAAUAGAGACGCAUUGGCAGCUAGGCAAUUUUUCUUUCCUGUUCAGGGGAGGGCUAUGGAGGAGCAUGUAAGAACCAUGCAACAGCCCUCAAGUUCUGGGGUUGGUGGGAAAAGAAAGGAGCCAGAUGGUGGUUGGGAAUCCUACCCUUUUAGCUACAAACAUCAGCAACCUCCAUGGAAUUAGAGCUUCUAAUUUGUGAUUUUACCUCUUCUGAACUGUUCAUAAAUACAGCGUACCCAUUGAUGAAUGAUCAUCAAGAGUAGGUCAGUGCACUGGCAUCCUUUAGUUACAGAAGAUCUCGAACUCAAUAAAAGCUGGGGGAAUACGGAUGUAAUAUGAUUCAUAUGAUUGAUUGGCAAAGGGGGGAAACUGAGUUUUCUUUUGUUCUUUUUUUCUUUUCGCUUUUUCCAAUGUUUUUCCUUCCGUGUAGCUUAUUAGAAAGGAAGAACAAGCAUAGUAACUCUUGGUACAUCUAGCUUUAAUUUCUCUUUCAUAUGUUAAAGAAAUUUAUAGGCAUAGUAUCAUGUUUCUCACUGUCACAGUGGUGCUUCAGUGCAUUGCCACUAUUUAGUUUAUUUUAGUCAGUUUUCGCUAUUAAGUUAAUAACCUGUAAAAAGAGAAAUGAAGAGUCGUUGACUGAGAAAAGCCUCUGUUCAAAAUUUCUGCUUACAUAUACUU